UGAACUUUUGAACAACUGAAAAUAUGAAACGGGUUGUCGGAAUAAUGCUGUAUUUGGAGGAAGGUGCAUGUACAACUCGAGGGGAGCAUUUCAAACUACUUGGAUUAUCUUUGUAAACAAUACCAAGUGCUCCGUUUUGGAAUGUGCGCGCAUUUUUGAUAAAAUCAGAAUCGAUGGAAGAAAGUAACCGGGUCCUACAGCGGUUCACCAAGACGGGGGAUACCGACAUCAGAUUUCAUUGAAAGAGUGGCUGGGUGUGCGGGACGUGGCACAGCGACUGGGCGUCCUACAACGGCUAGAGGAGCUUCUGGAGCUGCAGGCCGAAGAGCCUGAUCCCGACGACCCCACCCCCACCUCCACCUCCACCUCCACCUCCGGCGCCAGCGCCAGCGUCAGCGUCAGUGCCAGUGGCAGUGCCAACCCUGGUGCCAGUGUCGGUGGCGCGGUCGAGCAGCGGAGUGAGGAGCGAGCGUCGCACCAUGAGCACGCCACAGCCGUGACCCUCCCAGCCAGCAGCAGCAGCCACAACAGCCACACAGAGGGGGAGGCAGUGGGAGACAGAGAAGAUAUUGGGGAAGAGCAACAGGAAAUAGAGGUUGAAGAAAUACAAAAGCACUGCAGCGUUGACCCGACACCCCUCUUCUCUUUCUUUGUCACUAUUCGUUUGCCACAGAUGUUUCGGAAAAAAGCCUCCUCCUCCUUGAGAAUGGGACGAAUAUCAGAAAGCUCUAGAUGGAGCGCUGACCGAGGCCGCAGUUCCUCCUUCCAUGAGGUGCGGGGUCUACGCGACCACGACAUGAGGCCGACGGCGGACGAGGCGUCUGGCGGGGGAAGCGGCGGCGGAGGCGGCGGCGGCAGCAACACCGUCCUCCAGCGCCUCCUGCAGGAGCAGAUGCGCUACGGCGACAGCCGCAACUACCUGGCUCUGCAGCAGCAACAACAACAACAACAACAACAACAACAACAGCAGCAACACCAACAACACCAACAACACCAACAACAUCAGCAGCAGAUGCAGCAGCAUCACCAACAGCAGCAGAGCCAGCAGGGGUCCAUGGGUGGGUACCCGCAGGGUCCUGGAGGCCCGGUGGACGACCACUCCAUGAUGCCUCACAUCGCCCGGCAGGAGCCGCAGGGACAGGAGCUGCAGGCGGACAGCGGCCUGGAGAAGCAGCUCGGGACGCGGGGAGGCGCAGGGGGAGGCAGCGGAGGAGUCGGCAUGGGAGGAGGCCAGGGGCCCAACCCGGAGGACCUGCCCACCUACGAGGAGGCCAAGGUGCAGUCGCAGUACUUCCGUGGCCACCAGCAGCCACCUCCAUCACAACAGCAGCAACAGCAGCAGCAGCAGCAGCAGCAGCAGCAAUGUGGGCAGCAGCAGCAACAGCCUCAGCCUCAGUCCCAGCUCGGGGCGGCCUUCUACGUGACGGCGGUCGCCGGAUUCGGCGGCGGCAGCGCCAAGGUGCGCACGGAGGGCCGGCCGACGGUGCAGCGGGUGAGCGGCGCGGGCAAGGUGCACCAGGACGACGGGCUGAAGGACCUGAAGCAGGGCCACGUGCGCUCCCUCAGCGAGCGGCUCAUGCAGCUGUCGCUGGCCACCAGCGGCGUCAAGGCGCACGCGCCCGUCACCAGCGCGCCGCUCUCGCCGCAGCUGCCGCCGCCCGGCCCCCCCGGGGACUACUACAAGCCCACCUCGCUGGGCCAGCCGCACCGCGGGCCCCCGCCCGACUACCCCUUCAAGGGCAUGGGCUCUCCGCCCAAGCACCAGCCCCACCAGGGCCAGCCAGGGGGCCAGCAGCAGCAGCAGGGGCACCAGCAUCAGAUGCAGGGGCAGGAGGGGCACUACUACACCGAGCCCCACCGGCAGCCGCCACAGCAGGGACGCCCCCCCCAGGACAUGCCCCACGUCCGGUACCAGCCCCCGCCCGAGUACGGAUCCUUCCGGUCGAGCAAAGAGAGUUCUCAUCACUCUCAGCGGAACCUCCACCACCACAGCCCCACCUCGUCCGUCACGUCCGUGGGCUCGUUGUCCCGCGCACAGUCCUCCACCCUCAGCAGCCUGAUGGCUGCGGCGGCCGCCUCCAGCCACGCCUCCCAACAGCACAUGGCCCACCCGGGCGACCCCUACUCCCUGGGCCCCCGGAGCCCCGGCUCCCACCAGGGAGACCCCUACGGGCCUGGAGGCCCAGCGCACGCACCUCAGCAGCGGGGUCACGGGUUCCCACAGGACCCCUACGGCUCGGCGCCCAGGAGCCAGCACCAACACCAGCACCAGUACCAGCAGCAGCACCAGCAGCAGCAGCAGGGACCAGGGCCUGGACAGGGUCAUGCACACGGACCGGGGUCCAGCUCGGGACAGGGUGGGCAUUACGGGCAUCAUUACUCUAUGCAGAGUGACCCGUACGCCAUGAUGGCGCGGGCACAGCAAAUGGUGGACAUGCUGAACGAGGAGAACCGCAUGCUGAAACAGGAGAUGGAGCUGUGCGCCGAGAAGGUGUCCAAACUGCAGAAGCUGGAAACCGAGAUUCAGCUGGUGUCCGAGGCAUACGAGAACCUGGUCAAGUCGUCGACGAAGCGCGAGGCCCUGGAGAAGACCAUGAGGAACAAGCUGGAGCUGGAGGUGCGGAGGCUGCACGACUUCAACCGUGACCUCAGAGAGCGCAUGGAAACGGCCAACAAGCAGCUGGCAGCAAAAGAGUGUGAAGGUUCCGAAGAGAACCGCAAGACCAUCUCUCAGCUUCUUGCUCAGAACAAGGAGACUCAGCGUGAGAAGGAGAAGCUUGAGAUGGAGCUGAGCGCCCAGCGCUCCACCAACGAGGACCAGCGGCGCCACAUCGAGAUCCGCGACCAGGCCCUCAACAACGCCCAGGCCAAAGUAGUCAAGCUGGAGGAAGAGCUGAAGAAGAAGCAGGUGUAUGUGGAGAAGGUGGAGAGGAUGCAGCAGGCUCUGGCUCAGCUGCAGUCCGCAUGCGAGAAGAGAGAGCAGCUGGAACACCGUCUGCGCACACGCCUGGAGAGAGAGCUGGAGUCGCUGCGUAUGCAACAGAGGCAGGGUAGUUCCCAGAGCACGGCGGCGCCGGAGUACAACGCCACGGCUCUGCUGGAGCACCUGCGGGAGAAGGAGGAGCGCAUCCUGGCCCUGGAGGCCGACAUGACCAAGUGGGAGCAGAAGUACCUGGAGGAGAGCGUCAUGAGGCAGUUCGCCCUCGACGCGGCUGCCUCGGUGGCUACGCAGAGGGAUACGUCGUCCACAGGCAUCAGUCACUCCCCCAGCAGCAGCUAUGACACGUCAGUGGAAGCCCGCAUCCAGAAAGAGGAGGAGGAGAUCCUCAUGGCCAACCGCCGCUGCCUGGACAUGGAGAGCAGGAUAAAGAACCUGCACGCCCAGAUCAUAGAGAAGGACGCCAUGAUCAAGGUGCUGCACCAGCGCUCGCGGAAGGAUCCCGGCGGCAAGGGAGACUCGCCGUCCUCGGCCAUGCGCCCGUCCAAGUCGCUCAUGUCCAUCGCCAACACCGGCAGCAGCGGCGGCGGCGGAGGAGGAGGGGCCAGCAGCUCGAGCCUCCUGUCCCACACCCUGGGCCUCAGCGGCAGCCCCAUCACCGAGGAGCAGCGCAAGGACGACCGCAGCUGGAAAGGCAGCCUGGGAGUGCUGCUGGGACCUGAGUUCCGCAUGGACUCCCUGAGGACGGAGUCCAUCUCGUCGUCCCCGUCCCCCGUGCUCUACUCCAGCCAUUCCAAGACGGGCAGCAGGGACAGCUGCACUCAGACGGACAAGAGCCAGGAGGCCAGCAAGCCCAGCACCCCGGCCCUGCCCUCCCUGCCCCAGCAGUCCCGCAUCACCAGCCCCAGCCCCGUCUACAUCCCAGACCGCAUUGCAGAUCUCCCUGCGUAUCACAGCAGCACGCUAGAGAGGAGAGCCCCAGUGCAGUCACUUCCUCAACCUCUCAGCCAAUCCGAUGUGGACAAUGACAUGGUGGAGAUUCUAAUCUAAACCACAGUGCUUUUACACACUUACACUUACAAACACACACACACACACACACACACACACACACACACACACACACACACACACCUACAUAUAUUUCUCUGCCAUGCUUGAUACAUACUUUUCAAUGUAUGUGAAGGAUUCCUCUUUUCCCUCUCUUUUCCUCGGACUGCUUUGGUUCUCUGUGAGGGUGUGUGUAAAUGCACUAUUUGUCAUGUGUUUUUUAAAAAAGGUGUUUUUCAGUGAAAAAUACCUCAUGGAGUUGGGAAGGAACCUGCCGUGCUUGGUGUUAAAAGAACAAUCAGUCCUCUUUUUAUUGGAAGAGUUUUUGUCUUCCUUCAAUCCCAAACCCUUGGACCAAAUGUCUUUAGUUAUCAUUCAUUUCAUUUUUUUUCUCUCCAAUUUGCUUCUCUGCCAUUUGCAUGUAUUGCACUAUCUACCCUGUACACAUUCUGUUUUUUUCUGUACUACUCAGUAUAUUUAUGUUUAGAAUGAUAUUUAGUGAUGUUACAUAUGGCACUUGGGGUAGCAGACCCAAAUAUUGUAGUAGUAGAUCAUUUGCUUUUUUAUUAUUUCUUUGUGUCUACGUUAAUGAGCUGCCCAUAACAAGGAAAUAUGCACAAGUGAAACAAGCAGAUCCCUAAAGUUAAAUGAGUUUUCACGAAACGCAGCUGUGUUCUGGCAGUGCAAGUCCCUUCUCUAGUUACGCCAUUGGGACUCGUUACAAUCAAGGUCACAAGUUCAGUUUGAACAGAACUAUAAUAAUCCAACCCUUUUUAUUUGGACACUUUCCUUCCAAAAUGACAUGAAAGAGAGUGUAACUAUGUACAUAGUUGUCCAUAGAUGUGGCGGUAGUGUGAUGGUUGAACUGAAUGUUUGUUGUAGCUGGUAGAAAAAAAAACACAAUGCCCCAUAAGGCGUUGUCAGUAAAGGACCACAGUAUACUGGGAGAGAGUUUCUGUGGGGAAGGUUGUUGGCCGAUGCGAGUGGUGUGAUAGUGCCUUGUAAAAAAAAAAAGCCCACUGGUUUGGGGUCGCUGAAUCCUGUUGUGUUUGCCCUGUGUGUGUGUGUGUGUGUGUGUGUGUGUGUGCGCGCUGUGAUGAAAGCGUGGGGAGGUAAGAUGCACUGCAUUCUACUCAUUCAGAAUUAUCAAAGGAUUUCAUUUCAGAGUGGUGUGUGUGUGUGCGUGUGUGUGAGAGUGUGAGUGAAAGCGAGAGAAUAUGUACAUAUGUGUAUACUGUUUGGGUUGUUUGUGUGUGUGUGUGACAGUGUGCGCUGUGCAUUUUCAUUGAAUGGACCUAGUCUGAGAAUGCUUUCAGUGUACAACCAGACGUGGCUAAAUUGCAAGGGAUUAGUCAUCAUUAUUAUAAUAUUCCAGCAGUCAUCAGACAGCAGGCUGAUAGCCCAGGAACAUUGAGAGGCAGUAAAUCAGAUGAUUUCCCAAUAGGACAAAAAGUAUCUUAAGGAAAUUCCACUCAGACCGUUAUCAGAUCUAUUUCAGCUCAUUUAGUGAAAUGUAUUUCAAGAGUGUCAUGUAUAAACAACAACAAAAAAAAACUAUUAUGAGUAUUAAAUCAUUAAAGAUCAAUAGUAGAUGGCUGGGAUGAAUGCUGUAGAUUUUUGUCUUCUUAAAAACAAAAAGAAAUGAAUGACCAAAGAGGCGAGUGUAGAGUUGUUGGAGUCAACAUAGAACAGCCGGAGUUUAGGGACCACAGAGGUCCAUGACAGUAUUCAUGUAGUUUCUGAGACUACAACAGGCAGCGUUACAAACAUUUGGAGAAACCAGGGGUUACACUUUGUCCUGAAUGACUUAUCUGGAAGUCUGGAAUUGUUUUCUGACCAACUGUUCUAAUCACAAAAGAUCAAAUCAUUAGCGGAAACACUGGCAGAUAUGCCGUGUCUGUGGCAUAUGCCAUAUUCUCAGUGUCUAAAAGACGACUGCUUCUGGCCUUUCUAUUGGUGCUACUUGAAUGGUUGUUAUUUUCAGCACAGCCUCUUUUACUCACUCUAGACAACAGACCAGGCAAGAGGGCUCUAAAUUCACACGUUUAAGUGCAAGUUAAACAUGAAUGGGCAGACAGCAAUCAUAUACUGUAUAUCAGUACCUUAAGAGGACUGCAGUUAAGGGUAGUUUACGGUUGUCUAUGUACUGGAGAAACAUUUCAAGGAAGAGAUCAAGCAAUACAGACAUUUCAGUUAUCCACGUUAAUCACAGAUGCUGGUGUUUUUCCUUUGGAUCCAACAUCACAUAUCUGAUGACGAGCUGUAUUUCUAGACCAGUGAAGCUGUGGCUCAAAUAUUUAUCCAAUUAUUUCAUUCAAUGCCAGGAAGUGUUUUGCCCAUCUUGAUGGUCUGGCUUGCCUGUCUCGGCGGUUUGCUUUAUUUUUAUGUAAAAAAAAAGAAACUGCUAUUUUUCUCUUAAUUUGUGAGUUUCAGAGAAGACUUCAGUUUCAUCUUGUCCAUCUGUAAGAUGAAAUGUCUUCUGGCUGGAAGCAAUAUAGACACAGCUAUCGGUUUAAUAUUGUCAUCUAUGGCAGUCCUCAGUCAGUACACAAACAUAUUGUACUAGGUGCCUUUCAAUAGUUAUUAUGAACUGUGUUAGUUUAAAUCCGGUUGAGUGUGCUGGUCUAUAGUUGCUGAAAUCAAACAAUUGGCUACAAUGUGGAACAUAGAGAGUGGAGGCAGUCAUAGUCAGGUUGAACACAUUCACUAGCCAUGCCUGUGUGGACAGUAGAUAGAGGACAUUAUCUAAAGGUUUGUGUUUCUGGCAACUGAUUGAUUAAUUGUUUGAUUGUUUGAUUGAUUGAUUGAUUGAUUGAUUGGGCAGCUGACUCAUGUUUACUCUGGUACCUAAAAAACAAAUGGGCCGAAAAUUAGGUGAGGCUGGAGCCUAGUUAUCACUCCCAUGUUCCCUUCCAUUGUUACUGUCCUUCUUGCUCCCUCUUCUGGCGAAUGGGAGCGCAACAAGUGGUCCGCCUAAAAAUACUUGGUAACCGCUAUAAAACUGACCUGAAAGUGUCAUUAGCAGACCUACCAUAUGCUGUCGUUGUUUCCAAUUACAUGCCAUUGUUAAUUAUUACUAUUAUUGGGCACGCGUCAUGUUUCCAUAGCUCCUGUGCUGUAUUAAACAUAGCUGCCAUUGCAAUCUCUGACAAUUGUAAGACGACCAUUUUGCAUCACUGGCCACUAAUCAUUGUCAUUCUUUGACAAAAUAUCACGUCUACAAUGACAUUUUUUUUGUCUGUCUCAUGACCGAUGGUUUUAGGAAAUUGUCACCAGAUUAAUCUGGGCCUCAAUGGACAGUGUCUGCUGUAUGUGGUUAAGAACGCUGCGUGUGUCGUUGAAUUUCAAGUUCAUUCUGUGCCAACAUCCCCCAUCAUAGUGUUUCUGGUUUGUUUUGUCUCAAAAGGUAUGAUUUAGAGAAGCUGCUUGAGAACGUUUUUACUGUACAAUCAUUAUUUUUUUUUAAUUAACUUGUAUUCUCCUUUAAUCAGAAUUCAAUUGACACAAAUCAUCUCAUGCCGGUUUCAUUUUGUGGUUUUGACUUUUACUGUUAUUUUGUUGUUACUUCUGCAAUGUUCCAAAAAAUAAUGAGUUAACUCUUAAUUUAAAUUUUUAUGGAGUAAAAUCUACAACAAGAAUUCCUUUUUGUUAUAAUUUCUAUUGUUAUUCACAUAUUUUUGUUAAAACCACUUGAUAUUAAAAAGAAAAUGCCUUUCCUAACCUUUUGUUUUGUUUGUGUUGAAUGA